AUGGAAUCUCUUUCUAUUAACUCAUGGGAUGCAAUAAACUCUUUAGAUGAUACACACCGCCAGGAAGGAAUUGAUGCAGGAUAUAAAGAUGGUCUGAUUUCAGGAAAAGAAGAUGGGAAACAAGUAGGCUUAAAAUUAGGGUUCGAAGUUGGAGCAGAAUUAGGGUAUUAUCAAGGUUGUUUAGAUGUUUGGAACUCAGCUAUUAAAAUUGAACCCAAUUGUUUUUCAUCUAGGAUUCAAAACAAUAUUAAACAGAUGACUGAAUUAAUCAAAACUUAUCCAGUUUUUGAUCCUGAGAAUGAGAAGGUUCAAGAGAUUAUGAAUGCUUUGAGAUUGAAAUUUAAAGUUAUUUCAGCUACGUUGUCAAUGAAAUUGGAGCACGGAAAGAGCCUUGAUUUUUGA